AUGCAGUUCAUAGACUCUGUUCUUGUGACAGAUUGCACGGGAGGAAAUGCAGAAUCUGGCGCAUACUGGCUUCAGCACGUUGACUUGGAUGUCCAGGCGUAUCAACUACAUAUGCCCUUCGAGCAGGAAAAUUUCCAAACUACGGACGAUUUGUUCAAUACUAGUGAGGAUGUAUCAAAGGCAAAGGUGGUGACACUGCCAUGCAAGGAACUUGAUGGGCUUUGGGAGUCGUACGGGCUUCCGUGGUUUCUCUUCUUCUUCUUUCUUCUUUCUCAUGCACGCGCCGAGGUGUCAUUUUCAUCGCGAAAUCUUGACCAAUGGACUAUUAGCUGGAACAAAUUAAUUCUUCUAUGGGGUCCCCCGGGAACCGGGAAGACAAGUUUCUGUCGGGGCCUGUCUCAGAAGCUGGCAAUCCGGCUCGGAAAGUACUACCCCCGGAGCAAGUUGAUCGAGCUAAAUGCGCACUCCCUCGGUAGUAAGUUUUUUGGGGAAAGCGGGAAGAUUGUGAGCAAGGCAUUCGAAGAGAUCGAGCUCCUGUUGGAAACAGAAGACGAUACUUUUGUAUAUGUCUUUGUGGACGAAGUUGAGACGCUGGCUGCUCGGAGAGAGCGGGCGCUGGCGGGCAACGAGCCCUUUGACGCGGUUCGCGCCGUCAAUGCUUUGCUUACGAGUCUGGAUAGACUCAAGAAGUAUGGGAAUGUGAUUGUGAUCUGUACGAGCAAUUUGGUUACUGCUCUGGACCAAGCGUUUCUGGACCGGGUUGAUAUCAAACAGUACAUCCCACACCUGUCCAGCCGAAUCAUUUAUGGCAUCUACAAAGAAUGUCUGCAGGAGCUCUGUCGUAGGGGGAUCAUCGAGGGCAUGUCGUUUGACGUAACCCAACAGAACCCCGAGGACUCUUUCACGACCCUGCAGUAUGUGGAGCUUCCCACGGAGCAUCUCGCCCUGCCGGCCUUUGACGAAAUGCUCCUCCAUUAUCAAGGCUUCGUGAAUGCCGUUCCGAAGCAAUUGGCGGACGCCGCGUCCGAGAGUGUGGGUCUCAGCGGGCGGACCAUUCGACGUCUUCCCGUCUUGUCUUUGGUAUUGUAUAGUCCCAGCAGUGCUGGCUGUGGUGUUCGAACGGCCAUUCAGGCGCUGCGGAUGGGCAUUGCGUCGGAGAGGCAGGCCAAGGCGGAAGCGCACGUGCCCUUCCGGGCCGUCGCCCGUCAGACCUUGAGCAAGACCUCCACCCGUGCGUCUUCCUCGUCCGCCGGUGCCGAAUCCGCCAGCUCCCCCUUCCAGCUCACUCUCACUGCCUCCGUCGCAACCGCCGCCGCUAUCGGGUCGGCCGCCUGGUACUACCAUCUAUAUGGACAGGAAGCUUUCGCCUCGACGCCUGCCGAAGAGGGAUUGCACCCGACUGCCUACCCUUGGGAGCAUGCCAAGUGGACCAAGACCUUCGAUCACGCCGCCCUCCGCCGUGGUUUCCAGGUUUACCGUGAAGUCUGCGCCAGUUGUCACUCCCUGACCCGUGUUCCCUGGCGUUCUUUCGUCGGUGUUAUGCACACCGUCGACGAGAUGAAGGCUUUCGCCGAAGAGAACGAGUACGACACCGAGCCCAACGACCAGGGCGAGAUCGAGAAGCGCCCCGGAAAGCUUUCGGACUACAUCCCCGCUCCCUACAAGAACGAGGAGGCCGCCCGUGCUGCCAACGCCGGUUCUCUGCCCCCUGAUCUCAGCUUGAUCGUCAAGGGCCGUCACGGUGGCUGCGACUACAUCUUCAGUCUUCUGACCGGUUACCCCGAUGAGCCCCCUGCUGGUGCCACCGUCCAGGAGGGCAUGAACUUCAACCCCUACUUCCCCGGAACUGCUAUUGCCAUGGGCCGUGUUCUCUUCGACGGUGUCGUUGAGUACGAGGACGGCACCCCCGCCACCACCUCCCAGAUGGCCAAGGACGUCGUUGAGUUCCUCAACUGGUCCGCCGAGCCCGAGAUGGACGACCGUAAGAAGAUGGGUGUCAAGGCCCUCACUCUCCUGACCGGUCUGUUCGCCGUCAGCGUCUGGGUCAAGCGUUACAAGUGGUCCCCCAUCAAGACACGAAAGAUUGUGUACAACCCCCCUGUUUCCCGGCGCUAA